CCCGUCUGCAGUCACUGUAAGACGGGCACGGCUGUAGCGCUGCUGACGUCAAUUACUUGUAAAUAAACGACAUCGGCAGAAAAAUUCUGAUAAGAAGACCGUCAGAGAAGAGCGAUGUCUUCACCGCUUGGAUCGCUCGAGGUUCUCAGCGAAGUGGACCUCGAUGAGUUCGAGCUGCUCGGUGGCGAGUCUCCUGAGCUCGACGACGAAGACGGCUGGCUCAUCGUUUCGUCAUCGACGCCGCCGACAGAGGAUGAUAUUUUCGACCGUUUUUCCGAUGAGGAAUUCGAUGUCGAACUAAAACCGUUUGCUGUAAAUAUAGAAUUAAUAAAAACAAACCAAGACAAUCGUGGCAAUGAUCGCGAGAACAAUCAGGAUCAAAUUAAUCCUGGUAUAGUAGAAGAAAAUGAAAUAAAUGAUACAGGAUGCAGUGAGGUUUCGAUUUUCGGAAACGAAGAAAUAAUUAGCUUCGUUGAUGGGCAUUUCGACGCUGGUACCCUUGAUACGCAAACGGAAGAUGAAACUUUCACCGAGCUGCGCCAACAACGUGAAUUCGAUGAAGUUUUGUUGAAUUUUAGUGCAGACGAAAGCUUUGCCUCAGAAGAUUGUGAAAUAACCAUGGAAAGUCUCAUAGAUGUGGCGUUUGAAAUUGAAACCGGACAUUCGUUCAAAGAUUUGGGCAUGUCUGGCCCAGAAAAAUGUGUCUCAGAUCAAGAACAGGAGGGUGUUCUUCUGGCGAACGGCUUGAGCUGUGGAAGCGACAAAUCUUAUUCGACAUCGCAAGAUUUGGGAGAUGAUUUAAAUACUGUAGAUGAAGUAGAUGAGCUAUGCUGGGACUCGCUGACCGACAUCGCGUUUGGAGAUGAUAAGUUCUUCCUCGUUAGUCGCCCCGUUUCAUGUGGAGGGAAAACCAAAGAAGACGAGAUGGCAUGUAAAAAUGCUUGGAAACUAAAGACUGGAAAUGAUGAAAGAAAGGAUAAUCUUGUCCAGAACAUCGAAUGUGAUCUUAGAGAGAAUAUUUUCCUCAGCAAAAAACAUACGAGGAGACGCAAGAGGCUACGUCGAUGGGCUGAAAAGAAGUCGUUCACUAAAUUUCCGAGGAGCGCCAUAACCGAUAACGUAUGUGCAAACGAAACCACGAGCUUCGAAAACGUACGGGGUAUUCCAGACUGCACCACUCUCAUGCUGUCAUCAAUUUUCGAAGAAAGAAACCUUGUGUCAGAACCUUGUAACAAUAAUAUUUCUGAAGGUGUGACGGUAGUUUCAUCAGAAGAAAUGGCACAUACGUCGUGCACUCUGGAACAUAAGAAUUGUACCCUGGAACAUAAAAAUUGUACCCUGGAACACAAGAAUUGUACCCUGGAAAAUGAAAAUUAUUGUCUCGACUUCAGCCAUGAACAAAAUGGUCACGAAGAGAUCCUCAACAAGGAACAAGACAGACAGGAAAGCCAAGACAUACCAGACAUGGAUGGCGACAGAGCGCAGGAGUUAGAAGAUAGGAAGGAAGAAGAGGAAAAUUUGGAAGAAUAUUUUUCAGAAUUAUGUGGCUAUGAUCUGCCUUACGACCAUCCCCCUGAUGAUUUCAGCACGCGCAAGAUUGAUUUCUUCGGCAGUCGACUUCGGAAGAAAUUCUGCCGAGACUUGAUGAAGAAGCGAGGCUGCUCGUGGAGAGUGUGUUACUACCACUACUAAUUUGAUGAAGAUGAGAGACGGCUCAUGGAAAGUGUGUUACUACCACUACUAAUUUGAUGAAGACGAGAGACGGCUCAUGGAAGACGUUACUACCACUACUAGUUUGAUGAAGAUGAGAGACGGCUCAUGGAAGGCGUGUUACUACCACUACUAAUUUGAUGAAGAUGAGAGACGGCUCAUGGAAGGCGUG